AUGGGUUCAAAAGAUGUCGAAGUUGGUUUAUUACAAGCGACCAGCUGUAACACGGCGGCAACUACAGAUCUCUAUGGAAAAUGCACUACGACCCAUUCAGGAACUUCAGCUGCGGCUCCUGAAGCGGCAGGUGUUUUUGCAUUGGCUUUAGAGGCAAAAUUUUUAAAGAGCCUGCUGCGCGUUUUGCGAAUCCAGUUAGCCAAAUGGAUAUUAAAGCAAAGCACGUCUAGUAAUGUUCAUUACAUAGCUGCUCAACAUCCUUGUUCUGCUAAAGCCGACCUCGAGCUUUCGUUAGCCCCCGCCUGCCAUCGGUUAGCGUUCGCGGCCCGCCGCGGCGUCCAGCCGUCGAGCACUGCUAUAAUGCAUUGCAAUGGCAGCGAUUUCGUUAACGCGGUUCGUCUGGAAGACGCAGCAGCCCGCCGUCGACGGCUACGUCUCGACUGCUCAAAAACAAGUCGGGACGCGAACGCUAACCAAACGCCCGCGAACGCUGGACGUCGCAACGAAACCGCACUAAAACAUGGGAACGCAACGGCUAGCCGUCACUGCCAGACGUCGCAGCGGGCCGCAACGUCUGAACGUCGCAACGAAAUCGCACCUUUACCUGAUCUGAUUGGGCCGAUAUGCUAUACGGGGUUUUAA